AUGUCUCCGUUACUUUCCUAUCGUUAUAACAAGUUCCUUGUGGCGGGAGCAGCCUUGGCCAUAAUCUACAUUGUGGUGUUCAUGGCACCCUCCCACCCAAAGACAGAGGACGCGUUCCCUGGACUCGUGUCUGACUCUCAAGUCACCUCUCCUAACAAGCCUCUCGCGUCCCAGGAUACAUCUGCUCCCGGUGAGCUGAUUGAGGAGAAGAAGCCAGUUAUUGACGACGUUUUAUCAUCGACUCUGGAGUCGCAGAACUACAAGACACGGGCACAAGAAGGUGAGAAACAGGCCACCCCAGCUGCUGCCAAGCCAAAGGUCACAGGCGUGAGACAGUCCGCACCACUGCAUGACUCCAAGGAGGAGGCCAAGGUUGCACAGGAAAUCAAGUCUGCGUCGUGCGAGUCGGGCGAGGAGUACGUUAUCAUGAUCGACGCCGGAUCCACAGGAUCUAGAAUCCACGUUUACUCGUUUGAUACAUGCCAGUCUCCUCCUAAACUGCUGAACGAGGAGUUCAAGAUGAAAAAACCAGGUCUCUCUUCGUUUGAUACCGACACGGUUGGAGCUGCUGCCUCUUUGGACGAGCUUCUCGAGGUUGCGCUCGAGACCGUGCCAAAGGACAAACAGUCUUGCACACCCGUUGCUGUCAAGGCCACCGCAGGUCUCAGACUGCUUGGAGAGCAGAAAUCUUCGGCCAUUCUUGCGGAAGUGAGACGUCAUCUAGAGGACGAUUAUCCAUUCCCUGUUGUCGAGGGAGACGGAGUUUCUAUCAUGGACGGCAGUGAUGAAGGCGUCUAUGCCUGGAUCACUACCAACUACUUGCUUGGAAACAUCGGUGCCAAGGAAAAGCGGCCGACUGCUGCCGUUUUCGAUUUGGGAGGUGGAUCUACCCAGAUCGUUUUCGAGCCACUGGAUGGACAAAGCAUGAUUGAAGGAGAGCAUAAGUACGAAGUGAGUUUUGGAGGCGCCGACUUCACUCUAUACCAGUUCUCGCACCUUGGAUUUGGACUAAUGCAAGGCAGAAAGAAGGUCAAUGCUUUAGUUUUGGAGACUGCCCUCAACGAUCCAAAGUACGAUCUUACUCCAGUGUCUGACCCGGCAAAUGCGGUCGCAAAGGUUUCCAUUCCACAUCCAUGUCUUCCACCAGGAGUCACGGCUGAGAAUGUGGUUGUUGAGCUUUCUGACAAAACUAGUUACGCUGUGAACUUUGUCUCCAUGGCAAAGAGCGAAGACGACGACAUGGCUAAAACUGCUGCUGUUCAAUGUAGAUCAUUGGCAGAGACCAUCCUGAACAAAGACAUGGAGUGCAAGUCGAAGUCUUGUUCGUUCAAUGGUAUUUACCAGCCUUCGCUGAGACACCAAUUCUCCCAGACCUCAGACAUGUUUGUCUUCUCCUACUUCUACGAUAGACUCAAGCCUAUUGGAAUGCCACUCUCUUUCACGCUGGAAGAAAUGAAAGACCUCACCAAGAUUGUUUGUUCCGGAUCCACUGCUUGGAACCAGUACCUCUCGCAGCCUGAAGGUCUCAAGGAACUGAAUGCCGAACCUCUGUGGUGCUUGGACCUUUCGUUCAUGACUGCGCUGCUGCACACAGGGUAUGACAUUCCUCUCCACAGAGAGCUGAGAACCGCCAAGAAGAUCAGUGACAACGAGCUGGGAUGGUGUUUGGGAGCCUCGUUGCCUCUUCUGGAUAAAAAUUCGGGAUGGAGUUGCAAAGUUACCAGGGACUAA